GCACGUUCAACUUCAAGGAAUUUCUGCAUCAGUGCAUGGCUCCGCAGUGGAGCAACUUGGACAGUGGGAAGCAGGGACGCAUUUCGAAUCCGCACUGGACUUUUUAGGGUCACACGAGCAACCUCUUACGAGCUUUGAUGGCUGCAUUUAUUUUCAGUUGACUCAUAGGCUGCAGAUCACAAGUGCAGGCGAAAACAGGGCACGCGGCCAGGGGCCUUUGAGACAGAGCGUUAGAGGCUACUGUUUCUUUGGGACUACAGCGUCAGAUUAGAAUUUUUGAGGUUGUGGAUCCCCCUGUCCAUACCAGCUUCUUAACAUGGCUUCCCUCUUCACUAAGAAGAAGACGCCGAAAGAGCUGGUUCGAGAAAGCAAGCGGGAGAUGCAACACGCAGGCCGGGGGCUGGACCGUGAAGUCGCAGCCUUGCAACUAGAGGAAAAGAAGCUAGUGGCGGAGAUCAAAAAGACUGCGGCGACGGGAAAUAAGGCAGCUACAAAGGUGUUGGCCCGGCAGCUGAUCCGGUUGCGGGGCCAGGUAACAAAACUGCAGUCGAGCAAGGCGCAGUUGCGGGGGGUGCAGACGCACACGCAGGCCAUGGUGGCCAACUCGGCGGUGGCGGGGGCGAUGAAGGGCGCUACUGACGUCAUGACCAGUAUGAACAAGUUGAUGGACCCGGCGCAGCAGCGGAAAACGAUCAUGGAGUUCCAGAAGCAGAACGCGCAGAUGGACAUGGCGGGCGAAAUGGUGUCCGACUCGAUAGACGACGCCCUGGAUGGGGACGACCUAGAAGAGGAAACGGACGACCUAACAAACCAAGUGUUGGACGAGAUCGGCGUAGACACCGCAGCGCAGUUGGCGUCAGCUCCGAAGACGCGGAUCAAAGGCCCCGCCGUUGCUCAAGAAGAAGACAGCUUCGACGUGGACGAUCUAGACAAGCGGCUAGCGGCACUUCGGGCAGCAAAUUGACCAGUUGGGCUCGAUCUUUCGGAAUGUCACCGAAAGGUUGCGCUUUCGCUGAUUGGCUGAGCUGAACAGCUUAGCUUGAACUGGAAAGUUGGUUUCGCUGGCACUCUCUUACGACAACGGUAGAGGGUAUUGACCAGGCGCAAAGUCAAGUGCUUGGUAACUACCGAGGAUCAUCUGAAGGGGAUAUUGGACAGUUACUAUACUGUAAAUAAUCAUCGUUAAGAAGGUAAAGAUACGCACACAUUGCUUGCAAGCAGACAGUUUAAUGAUCUGACCUGGCAGGUUGUAGCUCCGGCGCAAGGUUCGUCUUGGGUCAGGCGGCUGUACUUUGAACCUCGGACGCAGAAGUCCGUCUUUGGGCGGCUGGACCAAUGUGCAGAUACACGGGCGCCGGCAUGCACCAUAUUGUUGGCUGCCCGUUGCUUGAUGCCAUAGCCCGC